AUGGGUAUUCCCAAGUUUUUCAGAUUUAUAUCGGAGAGAUGGCCGUUGAUUUCUCAGUUGAUUGAUGAGAAGCAAAUACCCGAGUUCGACAAUUUGUACCUUGAUAUGAACUCGAUUUUGCACACGUGUACACAUUCGAACGAUGGUUCAAUAACACGCAUAUCGGACGAUCAAAUGUACGCUGCGAUAUUCAACUAUAUCGAUCACUUAUUCAGCAUUAUCAAGCCGAAAAAGACAUUUUAUAUGGCCAUUGAUGGGGUUGCGCCCAGAGCCAAAAUGAACCAGCAAAGAGCAAGAAGAUUCAGAACAGCUUAUGAGGCUGAGAUAAACUUGAAAAAGGCGAUUGAGAAUGGUGAGGAACUUCCAAAAGAGGAUCCUUUUGACUCCAACUCGAUCACGCCAGGUACGGAAUUUAUGGCCAAGUUGACGGACAAUUUGAAAUAUUUUGUGCAUAAAAAGAUCACGGAGGACUCACGGUGGGCAAACAUUGAAAUCGUGUUGAGUGGUCACGAAGUUCCUGGGGAAGGUGAACACAAGAUUCAAGAGUUUAUUAGGUCUUUGAGGUCUCAAGAUGACUACGACCCAAAUUUGAGACAUUGUAUUUACGGAUUAGAUGCAGACUUAAUCAUGUUGGGACUUGUAAGUCAUGAUCCUCAUUUUGCGUUGUUACGAGAAGAGGUAACUUUCGGUAACCGAAAGGGCUCCUCUGGCCCCAAAGAUGUAACUGAUCAAAAAUUCUUUCUUUUGCAUUUGUCGUUGGUGAGAGAAUACUUGGAGUUGGAGUUUAAGGAAAUUGAGGAGCAAGUCAACUUUGAGUACGAUUUUGAGAAGGUUUUAGAUGACUUUAUUCUCAUUAUGUACGUUAUUGGUAACGACUUCUUGCCUCAUCUACCCGACUUACACUUGAACAAAGGUGCAUUUCCUUUAUUGAUUUCUACAUUUAAGCAAAGCUUACUUCAAUCUGAUGGGUAUAUCAAUGAAGAUGGGAAAAUCAACUUGCGGAGAUUAAAUAUUUGGGUGCACCAUUUGUCGGAUUUUGAAUUUGAAAAUUUCGAAGAAAGAGAAGUUGAUGUUGAAUGGUUUAACAAAAAACUUGAUGAUGUUUCCAUAUCUGGGGAGAAAAAGAGGAAAAAAAUUGGCAGGUUGUUAAUUUUGAAGGAACAAAAGAAGUUGGUGGGUUUUAUCAAGCCAUGGCUUAUGGAAGUUUCAAGUCACCCAGUUAACGAACUAAUCGAAUUGGCAAAUGAAGAUAAAUUGCCAACAUUGAAAUUGAACAAAGAAGAUGUGGAAAAGAAUAUGGAUUUUCUUAAGCAAUUUGCAUUGGAAGCUGGAUUCUUGAUUGUGCACUCGAAAUCGGAUGAUUCUUAUGUGGCCAGGUUAGACAUUGAUGGGCUAUCCCCAUCUGAAUCGGAAGAAGAUUAUGAUGAGCGUAUCAGCGAAUUGAGAAAGACGGUCAAGUCGUAUCAAGCUGCUAACUUGGUUGAGAGUCAGGAUGUUUUCGGUGAAACCAAGGGUGUAUAUGAGGAAAAGUUUAAAACUUGGAAAAACAGUUAUUAUGAGGAGAAAUUACAUUUCUCCAUUGAUGAUAAAGACAAGUUGGUUGAAAUGACAGAGCAUUAUGUGGAAGGAUUACAGUGGGUUUUGUAUUACUAUUAUCGUGGUUGCCCGUCAUGGAAUUUCUAUUAUAGGUACCACUAUGCGCCAAGGAUUUCUGACAUAUCGCUUGGUUUGGAAGAGUUGAUUAAGAAGGGAGUUGAGAUUACUUUUGAAAAAUCGAAACCAUUUAAACCGUUUGAACAAUUGAUGGCGGUGCUUCCUGCAAGGUCUAGAAAAUUGAUGCCGGCUGUUUACAGGCCAUUGAUGACAGAUGAAAAGUCUCCAAUCAUUGGUUUCUACCCACAUGAGGUUGACAUUGAUAUGAAUGGAAAGACUGCCAGUUGGGAGGCUGUUGUUUUAUUGGACUUUGUUGAUGAGAAAAAAUUGCUUGAGGCUUUGGAGCCAAUUGAACUGAAAUUGACACCUGAGGAAGCCAAAAGAAACUCCUAUGGUUAUAAUAUCAAGUUUGUCAGUAAUCCGCAAAUUGAUAAAGUGUAUCCUUCUCCAUUACCAGGAUUUUUCCAUGACUUAGAGCACGACAAGUGUUAUGAAACAAAGUUUGUGUUGCCCGAAGUGAGUGAGUACAAGAUUGGGAAAUUGGAAGAUGCACGUACAGGUACUGAUUUACUGGCUGGAUUCCCAACCUUGCAAUCAAUUCCCUUCACAUCGGAAUUGGCAUUAAACGAAGUCAAGGUGUUUAACUUUUCAUCUAAAUCAGAAUCAAUGGUAUUGAAUAUUGAAGAUGUCUGGUCAGACAUGACCCUGCGUCAAUUUGCUCAAAGCUUUGCAGGUAAAUUGGUGUACAGCAACUGGCCAUUCUUGAGAGAGUGCAAAGUUGUAAAAGUUGUGGAUGGUGAGAACAGUUAUGAGUCAGUUAGGAACGUUAAGGGUUUCAAGCAUGUGGUUACUACUGAAUUGAGUCCCGAAGACAGGAGAAUAUACCGUUCCACGUGUAACAAUUUGGAUUACUUUUGGGACAAGACCAAAGGUGUCAAACUUGGAUCUAUUGAGGUAUUGGUCCACGUGAAAGCAGUGAAUGGGUUAAUUAGAAAUCCUAAAGGUGCGUAUGUCAAGACGUACUCAAAAGACGUUGAAGUUUUCCCAUUGCAAUUGAUUGUCAAGGAUGUGACUCACAAGGAUGAGAGGUUUGCCACUAGACCACCUUUACCAGUUGAAGAGGAAUUCCCAUUGCACUCUCAAGUUAUCUUUCUCGGUGAUUUGGGAUAUGGGGCACCGGCACAGGUUGUUGGGUACUCUGGUGACAAAUUGAGUAUCAGGGUCUCCAAAAUCUCUUCAGUUGCUGAGCCCAAUAUUGGUAAAAGACGACAAAGCAUUGAAGCAAAACAAAUCAACUAUGUCCCAUCCUUUGACGUUAGUAAGAAGCUUGGAAUAAAUGCACUUUUGUUGUCCAAAAUCACCAGCCAGUACGUGAUUCAGGAUGGUAAUAAAAAGGUUAAUAUUGGAUUGGAGUUGAAAUUUCAAAGCAAGAGACAAAAAGUCUUGGGAUACACCAGACAACUGGCUAAUGGAAAAUUUUGGGAAUACUCCCCAUUGGCUAUCAAUUUAGUGCAGACAUAUAAGCAGAAAUUCCCAAAAUUGUUAGCAAGAUUAGGUCAAUUCAAAGGCUCAGAUAUACCAAGUUUGAAAGAUUUGUCGAAUGUAGAAGAUAUCAAUGACGUCAAAAAAUGGUUGAAAGAGGUCAAGGCUGAUUUGAUCCCAGUCUCAUUGGAGAGUCAAUCAUUUACCAAGUUCAGUUUCGCUGCUAUUGAGCAAUAUAUGGAGAACUACGUUUUGAAUCAAAUUCCUUUGAUCAACAAGGAUAUCCGAGGUGUUCCAAGAAAUGCAAUUCUCAAUGCUAGCGAAUCGUAUCAAUUGUUGAGUGAUCAGAAAUUUGAAUUGGGUGAUCGUGUUGAGUAUGUACAAGAUUUCGGAAAAGUGCCAAUCAUGUCCAAGGGAACAGUGGCUUCUAUAAUCACUGUUGGUUCAAAGAUUUCCUUGGGUGUGAUAUUUGAUGUGCCCCAAUUGAGUGGGAACAACAUGAAUGGUAAACUUCAAACCAGCCGUGGGCUUUUAUUAGAUUCUUCAUUGGUUCUUAAUUUGAGCAAUAGGCAAUUUGUUUACCACUCGAAAGCUUCAAGACAAAGAAAGCCUUUGACUGAGGAGGAGAAAGUUGCUCGUAUCAAGGCAGCUCAGGCAAAAAAAUUUGCCAAGCCUCAACUGCAAUCAGACGAGAAGAGAAAAGAGUCAACUGCAUCACAUCAAGGUGGUGAGAAUGCAGAGAGCAAAGCAAAGGGAUCUAACGAGUUGUUGUCUUUGUUGAGGAAGAAACAGGAUGACAAGUUAAAGAAUACAAAAGCCGAAACCAAAGAGUCUGAAAAUGAGCAAAAUCAACCUCACAAUUCUCAUGCGGCAAAACAAAUUUACAACCAAAUUUUUUCCAACGUAAUGAGUGAAGGGGCACCUCACCUAGUUAACGGUGGCCAUUAUGCUCAAAAUGGUCCACCAAAUGGUCCACCAAAUGGUCAACCAGCUCCACUCGCACCUUAUGGAUUACCACCCGGUGCUUACUAUCAGCAAGUUCCAUACCAAGGUGCGCCACCACCUAGUUUCCCACCUCAAUAUGGCCAGCCGCAACAGCAACAUGUCCCUGCAUUCAGCAAUACUACUACUGCAAACGAACCUUCCGACAGAGCUACUACAGAGUCAAAUGCUAUUGAUAGGUUUUUGAAGUCUGCACAGGAGUCGAAAGCUCCCAAAAACAAAAAGGACAUUAAGGAGUAG